UGCUAAAGCUGUCAUAUUGUUUUUUUUCAUAAUUUAAUUAUUUAGAAUCUAUAUUGUACAGUGUUGUAGGUUUUUCAUUAAGCUGUUAAUCUUUUUUUCCCUCUUCAAUUAGCCUGUAUGCGAUUGUAAUUAAUAUCUCUCCCGAUCUCCCUAUAGUCAUUAAUUUUUAGUAGCCAGCGGCUUGUUAACCCAGUCACACUGACUGGUCACCGAGGAUGCAGUUGUGGCAGACUUGAUUUUUGUAUGAAGAAGAUCGACCAUUUUACUUUAAUUUUGGCUCCUUUAUUUUGGAUACAUGCACAUCAUUUGGUUAUCGUUGUCAUUGAACUAUUCGGAAUUUGACCGGAUAUACAAACACUAUUCUUUUUGUUUCGAAUGCAAAGCAUAUACAUAUUUUCUGGUUUCUUGAUGGCUUAAACGUUAUAGCCUCUGUAGGCUUUUAUAAUAGACCCACGUAUUGCAGUCCAUGUUUUCUGUUUUGGUUGUGGCUGGAACGUAAAGGGAGUCUAACCGCAGCGGCAGUCAGCCACCUUUCCACCUGGCAGUAUGGAAAUUAUGUACCGUAACUCUAUACACGCUUUGAAGCGCUUACCCUGGUGUAUUUGCAUGCCUGGCACAGGAACCGUUCGGCACACUAUAUUACUGGAUGCUUUUAUCUAUUCAGCUUCUUUAGGAAAAAUAAUAGAUGUGUGGCUUAAUAAUGAAAAGUAUGAGAACAAGAGCUGGGAAGAUGGAGAAAUCUUGAACGGGAUGCUGUAUGAGGAGAGAGGUGGGGAGUUCAGAGAGGAUCGAGGGGGCAAAGAUUAUACAAUAUCUACAUGCCAGUCAUAGCAGUAGCAGCACUUCCUGUCACGCAAGCAAACCAUCGCUGGGACCUUGGUGGAAUACAAUAGAUUUUUCUGUGCACUUUUCUGCUUCACAGUGUGACUGUGGUUUUUAAGGUCAGACGAUCACUGCCUCAUCACCUACAUUGGCCUCCCAUUUAAAUUAUUUUUUUAAACUGUUCUUGAUCUGUUGAGAGAGAAGAUAAUCGCUGACCUUCACAACACCUCUGUCUGUAUUUGCGCCGAGUGUUUAUAAAAUGGAGGUCAGGCAAGAAGAUGGUGAUUGCUUCAGUGAUAAGGAGAUGGUACUUCCCCCUGGAGGGGAUGAACAUGGGGAAGGUGAGGCAAGACCUUUGGGACAUUCCCCUACACAGACUGCCAGCGACAUCCUUGCCAGUGCCAAAAAUAAGCCCGAAGGCACAGAUACUGCUCUCGAAGGAAGAGGAACACACUCCAGACCUCAACAAGACGCCAAGCUCAGCAAUGGCAAUGCUACGUUUGUGGAUCCUAGAGGAGAGACACUUUUGGGUAUUGCCACUUCAGCUAAAGUCAACACAGACAUGACGGAAAUGACUGCUCUCACUAGCAAUGCAAGUAGCAAGUCGGACUCAUGUGAUGGCAGCAUUCAUUGCAGACCUACAGCCAGAGAGAAUAGCGUAGCAUCCGCAACGGACCUUCCAUCCCCGACGGAGAGCGCCGGAGACGAGGAAGGCAGGAGUCGGCGAACACGUCCCUCCUGCUGCCAGCCGCUAGGGCGGUUCCUGGCGGUGUUACGGCGUGGUCUGCGGGCUGUGUACAAGGGCUGCCUGCAUGCCAUAGAGGAGACGCCCACAAUGCUGGCCGGACUGCUACUCACCAUCAUCUUCUGCAUAGCUGUUAUUGUCAUCUUUGCUGCCACACACAGGAAUGUUCAUGUGCAUGUAGGAGAACUGGCAGUGGUUAGCGUGGUCCUGUGCGUGUGCACUGGUCUGAUGGUGGUGUUACCUUGGCUAGCGGUGGUGCGGCGCUGUGGGGGAUCCCUGGCCCUCUUUGUUUGGGCGUUACUCUACAUCAUCGCCAUCGUCUUCAUCUUUACCGGUGGUGUCAUUGCCGCCUGGGAGCAGGUUGCAUUCUUCCUCUUCCUCUCUCUCUCCGUCUAUACAGUACUCCCUCUCUCCCUCACCUGGGCUCUUGUGUUUGGGUUGGGCACCAGUGCAUCUCACAUCAUCAUCAUCAGCGUCUACGUGCCCGUCACCAGCCCCAAAAUGGCCGACCUGGCUCCGCAGUUGGUGGCCAAUGGCGUGCUGUUCCUGUGUGUGAACUGCGUGGGUGCUUUCCACCGGCACCUCACAGAGAGAGCCCACCGGAAAUCCCGUCGGGAGACCGAGAGGUUCGGUGUGGUCCAUUCAAGGAGGGACUUGCAGAAACGGCAGCAGGAGCAUCUGCUGUUAUCAGUUUUGCCACGAUACAUUGCCAUGGAGCUUAAGUCAGAGAUUAUCAAGCGACUGUCUGAUAAAUACCAUGGCAGAGACAGCAAGCAAAACUUCCACAGUCUGUACAUCCAACAGCACAAGGACAUCAGCAUCCUCUAUGCUGACAUUGUGGGAUUCACCAAACUGGCCAGCACCUGCACACCAGAGGAGGUGGUUGGAGUCCUUAACAAACUGUUUGGUAAAUUCGAUGACAUCGCAAAGAAAAACGAGUGCCUGCGCAUUAAAAUUCUGGGGGACUGCUAUUAUUGUGUCUCAGGCCUGCCAGAUCCCAUUCCUAGCCACGCCUGCAACUGUGUGCAGAUGGGCCUGGACAUGUGCACCGCCAUCAACAAACUGAGGGAGGCCACAGGGGUGGAUAUCGCCAUGCGUGUGGGCGUGCACUCUGGGAAUGUGCUCUGCGGUGUGAUUGGCCUGCAGAAGUGGCAGUAUGACGUCUGGUCACAUGAUGUGACUUUAGCCAAUCACAUGGAGUCCGGCGGUCUACCAGGGAGGGUCCAUAUCACGGAGGACACAUUGAGGCACCUGGGUGGGGCCUACCAGGUGGAGGAUGGAGAUGGGGCCAGUCGAGACCCCUGCCUGCAGGGUAGGAGGACCUACCUAGUCAUUGACCCACAAACAGAUGGUUCCACCACAUGGACAUCUAAAUCUUCCAGGGCGAAUGACAGGAGACUCAGGGCUUCGGUCAGGAUGUCUCAAUACCUGCAGUCGUGGCAGACAAUCAACCCCUUCUCCGAGCUGAACCACCCAGUGCAGCCUAAGGCUAGGCCCACUGCCCCAGCCUUUGGCCUCACAGAACCACAACCCACGGAGGGACUAGCCCCUCACACAGUCCUGCACAGGGAGAACUCCCAGGGAACGGAAGAUGGAGUCAUUGACACACUGGACUCUCUGGACCCUGAAGAGGAGAUGUGGAGGAAACAGAAGUUGAACUGGCUCACUCUGCUGUUCAAUAACUUUAAAACGGAAAGACAGUACCGGCUGUCGGAGGUGGGGGAGCUGCACUUGUCUGUCGGCUGCCUGGCUCUCAUCUUUGCUACCCUCUUUGUGGUCCAGAUGCUGGUGUCAGCAAAGAACACUGCCAUAGCCGUGUCAUAUGGUGUCACCUUUCCCGUGUUUGUUAUUCUCCUCCUCAUUGUCUUCACGGGGUACUUGAAGCGAUGGAGAUCCAAGAUGCCUCAGGGUGUUCAGUGGGUUCCCUCGCUAUCUCAGGGAGUGGCCAGCAGGGCGGCGCUACGGCUGCUCUUGGUUUUCCUCUGUGUGCUCAUCACACUGCUCAUGGCCAUUCUCAACUUUUUCUUUCUCCCGGAGCCCAGCUGUUCCACAUCCCAGAAUGCAACAGCUCUAGAGGCCUUCCAACUCUACACAGUGCCUUACUACGUGUACUGCUGCCUGUUGGCCAUGCUCGGCGUGAUCGUGUUUGUGCGGACCUGCCUGGAGGUCAAAGUCUUCCUGCUUACGCUGGCGCUGGUGGUCUACCUGGCCCUGUUCCUCUGCGUCUAUGCCGCUCGCUCUGACUGCUACGUGUACCAGCUCUACAGCAACACCAGCCAACCUGGUGUCCUGAAGGAGCCUAAGAUCAUAGCUGGAGUUUGGCUCUUCAUCUUUUACUUCACCGCCUUAAUUCUGGCUCGAAAGGAUGAGCUGGUGUGUCGCGUGGAGUUUCUCCUGCAGAAGUGCUUCCAGGAAGAGCGUGAAGAGAUGGAGACAAUGGAGAAUGUCAACAAGCUGCUCCUACAGAAUGUCUUGCCUGCUCAUGUAGCCUCCGUCUUCAUUGGCAAGAAUCGCCGCAAUCAGGACCUGUACAGUCAAUCCUGCGAUUGUGUUUGUGUGAUGUUCGCUUCAGUACCUCAGUUUAAAGAGUUCUACAGCGAGAGUUCAUUGAACAAGGACGGGCUGGAGUGCCUUCGCUUUCUCAAUGAGAUAAUUGCCGACUUCGAUGAACUCUUGUCCAAGCCAAAGUUCAGCAGUGUGGAAAAAAUUAAAACUAUUGGUAGUACUUACAUGGCAGCUGCAGGGCUGACUGUCACAGCAGGAGAAGAGAAGAAGGAAAACAAUGGCUCCAACAGCCAUGUGCGCUCAAUGGUGGAAUUUGCAUUAGCUCUGAUGGCUAAGCUGGAGUUAAACAACACACAUUCUUUCAACAACUUCAAACUCAGGAUUGGAAUAAACCAUGGUCCAGUGAUUGCGGGGGUGAUCGGUGCCCACAAGCCCCAAUAUGACAUUUGGGGGAAUGCUGUCAAUGUGGCUAGCAGGAUGGACAGUACUGGAGUCCUGGACAAAAUUCAGGUCACCGAAGAAACAGCAGAGGUGGCCCAGUCUCUGGGCUACAGCGUGACACUGCGGGGAGUCAUCAUGGUCAAGGGAAAAGGAGAGCUCACCACCUAUUUCAUCAACACUGACCACUGACAUUUUAUUUUACUGGAACUUGAGAAUAAUAAUCAGUUAUCAUCACUGUUGAUCAGUGGGUGUGUCAGUGGGCAAAGCUCCUGCAAAAACCAAAGAUUUGAAGAGUGAUUGGAUGGACCUGAUUGUGUACUGGACGAGAGACUGAGUUUUUGCAGUACACUGCAGUUGUGCUCAUUAGUUACUUGAAGCUUUUUGAUUAAUUUAUCUCUAGAAAAUAAUUUUACAUUAAAACUGGAAGCUAAUAGGUAAAAUAAUAAUAAAGUGAAUGGCGUGGUGGUGCAGUGGUUAGCACUGUUGUCUCACACCUCUGGGGCUGGGAUUGGAGUCUCUGCCGGGGUUGUAUGUGUGUGCAUGUGUUCCCUGUGUCAUUGUGGGGUUUCCUCCGGGUGCUCCAGAGUCCAAAAGCAUGCUAAGGUGAAUUGGACCUACCAAAUUGCCCAUAGGUUUGUGUGUGGGCCCCGAGAAAGGUUGGCACCUCACCCUAGGUUAUUCCCUAUCUUACACCCAUAGGCUCCAGAUUCCCAUGACCCUGAAUCGGACAAGCAGGCAUAAAAAAAUGGAAGGAUGGAAUAAUAGGCUGCAUCAUUGUAAACAGAGCAAUGUGGUUUCACUAAAGAGACAGCAAUGUAACAAGCUUAAAAGUACAGAAUAGACAAAGUACAGAAUGAUGGGAAUGUUGCUCUUGGCACAAUGACCUGUUUCUGUUGGAUGAAACCACAUAAUUAUGUUUUGCUUCACCAUUUUCCUUUUACAAAAAGCAGGGCAGGAACCAUUAUAAUAUACCUCAGUUAGCUUAGCUUAGGGGUGGACAGGAUGCUAUCUGACAGCAAAAGGCAAAAAAAAAAAAUAAAAAUACUAUGUUUAAAUAUGAGCUAAACAUCAGGGAAGCAGAAUGAACAAUAAGUGCUUGCGUGCUUGCUGGUUGCUGGUUGCUGCUUGCUGGUUGCUGAAUGGUAAUUGAAAUCAAAAAACCACGCAGAUCAUGGGAACACUGAGGUGGUCGUGUUUUACUUACAUUGUGCUCUAAUUGUAGUCAUGUAUUUAAUCUCAGAAAAAAGUAAAUGUUUUAUGGCAAAAUAGGUUUCUCUCUGUGGGUCAGUCUUAUUUGAAUAUUUUGUACCCUUUUAGUAUGUCCUGUCAGAACCUGAAUAUCCACCCUACCUUUAUAACACUGUUCUAUGAAGGACAUUUAUCCGGUUCAAGCACUGAGUAUGUGAAUGUUAAAUUAAAUGAAUAAAUGAAUAGAAAAAUAAAUAUUUAAUUUUGUAUUAAA